CGAGUUGGGCACCCGGUAACCUCCUCCCUCCCUUCUUCCCUCCCGCUCACCUCCCGCCGCCACAGAGCUCACCACUCGCCCGCCGCACCUGGUGGCGCACACACGCACAGCGGCCUCUCUCUGCGCCCUUCUUCACUCGCUUGCCCCCGCCGGCUAUAUCUUAGGUUCUCUUAGCCAUCCCUCCGUCACCCAGCGGUCUGCUUAUCUGCCGUGCCCUGAAGGGAAGCCUCUGCGCCACGCAAGGCACCACAGUGCUCGACGCCCAUCUGUGUGACACGUGCGCCCGAGUGUGUUUACCUGCCGUGUGCUUGAGGUGACAGGGGGGCGUGUGCCAGGUGUGUGCCGGACAAGGGAGCCGCCACUCAGAAAGACUCUCUUGGCGGUACUGGCGGCCCAAGUGUGCUGGUCAGUGAGUUCUUUUUGUGCGUCGCGUCAGUCAAGUACCGAGUGGACACCAUCGCCGUCAUGGAAACCGCUCAUGUGUUUGGAUAAUCCCGCAAGUGCCAUUGUGACGCGUGUUGACUGAGGCCGAGGAGCAGCAUAACGCCACCGCGGGAUUGGCCUAAUAGAACACACUCUUCCCCGUGAGGGUUGUCAAGGUUACUGAGGAACGCUUCACGCCGAGCCACUCAGCGUCCCGCGGCGAGGCAGGGGCGCAGUGUUGAGCAGCGGGAAGCACGCCCGUCGUUGUCGCAUCACCGUUUCGUCGGGAAGGAUCGGAGGCAAGUUAGUGUGUGAACGAAAAGAAGACUCCUUUUUGCAAGUUACGCCGAGGCAGGUGGUGUUGUCUAGGAUCGUGCGUGCGUGCGUGUGUGGUAUUGGGGAUAAAACCCUCUUAACCUGACUUACGUAAGCGUGAUGUUACGGGCUUGCUUGCCUCACUGAGUCGAGUGUCUGCCAGGAAUCCUAAUCAGAUCUUGAACCGAGUUGCGAACCACGCCAGUACCGGGAGCUGCCGGGAGGAAAUCUGUGUGGGUUUGGUAAAUCGGAUCCAAAUCUGCCGCGUGUGACUCCUCGUGCGUUGUAUUUAUGGACUUAAUGCAAAGUGUAUAAAACGAACCUUUACGGCGCGAGGGUUUGAUAGCCCCGCUUGGUGCAGCAUUAAGGCGGUCCGGUGAUAAGCGUGGGUAUAAUAGCGUGUCGUGGGGCCCUGAAGUGCCCACUCCCUUUUGCCGCUGACAGAGCAGUGCGGCAGGCGUGUGCGUGUUAGAGCAGGAGUGAGAGGCGUUACUGCUGGGUGUGGAUACAUACCCUACCCUUGAAGAGGGUCUGGAUGUUGAGGUCGCGAGCCAACGAGAGAAGAAUUGAGGAAAGUCGGAGAAGAUCGCGUGGCAUCUUAAGUGAAUCUCAGCGCGCGUGUGGUGAUCCUGUGGCUUGUGUUGCUUGAUGCGCGCCGAGGAAAUCUGAUACCGAGGAGUGAGUCUGUGAGGAAACACGAUUGUAGUUAUUCAAGAAGACUGCAAUUUGUGAGUUUGCGCCGAACGGGACGAAGGUGGGAGCGGCGCAGCAUCUCAGAAAGGAGGAGGAGGAACCCGCUUCUCAAGAUUUGCAUCCACGGUCUGACCAACUACCCGGACUUGUAAUUGGGGGACUCGUCGACCUGCCCAGCUCCUCCUCUUCGGCCCCGUCAAGGCAUGAGUGUGGGCGGCGGCGACGGCUGGAGCAAGUGCUGGUGAAGGCAGGUCGAGCGGCACCAGCUGCAGCAUCUGAAAGACUAGCGGCGGCCGAGCGUCUCCUUGGGGCAGCAGCAGCAGCAUGAGGGGCGCCGUGCUGCUGAGGGCGGCGGUGGGGGCGCUCCUGCUGCUGACCUGCCCGGCCUUGGCCAGGAUCGUGGGCUCCUGGAUGAACCUUGGUCUGCAGGGAUACGAGGUAUGGAGGAAUCCACAAAUUUACCUGAUUGGGUCCCAGCCGCUGUGCACACAGAUUCCCGGACUGUCCCUGGGUCAGACAAAACUGUGCCAGCUGUACCAGGACCACAUGGGCAGCGUGGGCCGCGGCGCCAAGACUGGCAUCCACGAGUGUCAGUGGCAGUUCAGGCACCGAAGAUGGAACUGCUCCACUGUGGACGACUCGACUGUAUUCGGCCCGGUCCUGCAGAUCCCGAGCCGUGAAGCAGCCUUCGCCCACGCCAUCGCCUCAGCGGGUGUGGUGUACAGUGUGUCGCGGGCGUGCAGGGAUGGCCAGCUCACCACCUGUGGCUGCUCCCCUGCUCGCCGUCCCAAGGACCUCAACAAGGAGUGGAUCUGGGGCGGAUGUGGAGACAACGUGGAAUACGGAUACAAAUUCACCCAAGGGUUUGUUGAUGUGCGGGAACGUGAGAAGAACUACAAGCGAGGCUCCCUCAAGCAAGGCCGCCAGCUGAUGAACCUCCACAACAAUGAGGCCGGGCGCAGGGCUGUGAUCCGCAAGACUCGAGUGAACUGCAAGUGUCACGGCGUGUCUGGGUCCUGCUCUCUCAUCACCUGCUGGCAGCAACUGGGAUCCUUCAGGGAAGUUGGUGACCAGCUUAAGGACAAAUAUGACGGGGCCACUGAGGUGAAGAUCAAUCGACGCGGCAAACUGCAAGUGAAGCAUCCACAAUUCAAUGUUCCCACUGGUGAGGACUUGGUGUACCUCCUGGAAUCCCCUGAUUACUGCAAGCGAAACAACACUGUUGGCUCACUAGGAACCCAGGACCGUAUUUGCAACAAAACCUCAGAGGGCAUGGACGGGUGUGACCUGCUGUGCUGCGGCCGUGGCUACAACUCCCAGAAGGUGACACUUAGGGAGAGGUGUCACUGCAAGUUCCACUGGUGUUGCUACGUGGAGUGCAAGACUUGUGUACGGGUGGUGGACAUUCACACCUGUAAAUAAAGGACUGCAAUCAGCGCUUUAGUGAAUAAAAAAAUGCGGUGUAUGAAAUCUCUAACAUAGAACUCUCGUAUAUGAAAUAUAAACUAAAUAAUUUCCUAUACAGUCAUAUUCUCUGAGCCUCCAAUAGUAUGUGUUUGGAGGAGGCAAUAUGUUUCUUAAUGUAGCAGUUGACGUACUUAAAAACUCAUAAAGCAAGACAAUGAAUCAAUGGCAAUAAAGACAAAUACUCAAGACAUUCAUGGAAUGUCCAAUUAAUUUUGCUUGGUUGCUUAGUACUAAGUGGAAAUUAAUGACUAACAAGGAGGAUGUGUGUAAGAUUAAAUGGAUCUAAAGUAUGUAAUAAAAGUGCAAAACCUCUCAGUACUUAGGAAAACGUGUACAUAUAUUGAACAAGGAGAAAAUAAUGGAGGAUCAUGAAAAUACUAUUCAUUACUGCAGUGCAAGUCUUGAGUAAUGGAAAACAGACAUGCUGUUGGUGGUGAGUGAGAGACAUUCUAAUAAUGAUGAUUACUGAAUGUGCAAUGCUGAAAAUUAUCCAUGUAAAGUUAAGAUCAAAAAAUAUUUUCCUUUGAUCAUUAUGGGGUAUGUUUAUGAAAUAAUGUACAGUACAAUGUGUGGUGAAUCUUAUGUGUAAUUACUUCUCAUCGUAGUCAUAAAGAUACUAAGUGGCAGCUUAUAUCUAUUGUACAUUGUAUUUGUAAAUAUCAUAUUUAAAUUAGUAUAUUGUGAGAAAUGAGUGUACUGUAGUUUUCAUGUUAAUACUGUAUGUACCUUUAGGUGACUUUCUCAGUGGUAGGUAGAGUUCAUCACCUUGUGGGCCACCACCUCUAACCUAGCUCUGUCUGGCUGGAAGGCCCUGGCACUCGUCACUCGUCACUUGCCUGCAAGUCAACUAGCUACAACAACAACAACCCACUCAUUAGACACACACACACACACACACACACUAUGCCAAGAAGAAAUUGGAAAAGUAAUCAAUUCUGGAAACCAUAACAUUGCACAAGAAUUAUAUUUUGUGAUUCUUGAAAUAUCAGUUUUGUCAUUAAGACAAAAGACGUUGCUUUUAAGACAACCACUUGAGUAUCAGCACCCGACAAGCAGCAGUUAGUUAUUCAAGGUGCUAAGUGGCAUGAAGUAACUUGUAAUGGACCAGGCAACAUUAGCACAAUAACGGUUACUGACACUGUCACAUGUCCAGUGGUGUGGUCUGCCAUGACCAGACUGUUGCUGGCAUACUAUAAAGCAAGUGAGCCAAAGACAGCCAACACCAUGAUAAUUAUCUCAAUGACUUGGAUUUUCACAGUGAAAAGAAACAAAUAGACCUUUAAACUACAAUAUCUUCCCUUCCUAGUUUGUGGUUUAUGAUGAAGGUUGUAAUGCACAGUACUUCAGGUUACAGAUUAUUGUUAGUUUAAGGUCACACAUUGCUGACCAGUGUACAGUACACCGGAUAUUUCAGGUCUGACAAAAUAUGUAGUUAUGUGUGCAACUGAAUAUUACAUUAGUUUUUCCAUAUUUGUGUUAUGUAUGUUGGCUCAUAAGGGUACAAUUGCAUGUAGUUCAUGAGAUGUAAUGAAAUAUGUAUUAGAAAAUUAGAGGGAUCACAAUGAAAUCUACAAAUCAUCAA